AUGUUCCCAGCCAUUCCUAAGACUUGCAAAGCAAUUGUCCUUGACGGUCCCAAAGCACCAUGGGCAUUGCGGGAAGUUCCGGUAGAGCUCAAAGAAGGCGAAAUUUUGAUCAAAUCGCUAGCUUGCGGUGUCUGUCACAGUGCUAUCUUGAUGACCGAAACCCAGGGCUUUGCGAAUUUUGAUCCUUACUACGCUAAGUUUGGUAUCUGGGAAAGACCCGGCCUUUGCGGCAUCCAUGCGGGCUGCAUCCUUUCCGAAAGAGAGGAGUCUUGA